UCAUAGGUUUCAAUGAUCAGGAAAGAGCUUCAGAAAAGAUUCCUUGACCGAGUGACUGUGGAGAAUAUAUCCAAUGUUCAAGGCAAACAGUUCAGAGCAAUAGUAAUGACAGCCGUUCAAACCCGUGACAGCCUUCACCCUCCUGACUCAUAUUGUGUGGAGUUUUUCAACGAUGCUCGCAUGCUGAACACAGCCAUGACUAGGGCUCAAUCCCAGGUUGUUGUGGUUGGAGAUGCUGCUGCGCUUUGCUACUUUGGGAAGUGCUCAAGAAUCUGGAGAAGCUACAUUCACCAUUGUAUUAGCAAGGGAAGUGCUGAACCGAAACACCUUACCAAUGACUUCAUUGAUGGAAAUCUCAAGAUUCCAAAGGACAGAAUACCUGGAUGAGAGCAGCACUCAGUCAGUCAUGUUUGAUACAGAGAACGACAUGGAUGCUAUUCUCCAAGAACUACUAGAGGAGCAAAACAGGGCACACUACAAUUCAUCUUAUGGAGACAGUUCAGAAUGUGAACAUGUACUGGAACGAAAGAGACCAUACGAUAGUGCCAAAGUUGAAAGAGAUGCCUUGUUGCAGUUGUUGAGAGAGCAGCCCAAUGUGUACAAGCGAGGUGAAUUGGUCAUGGAGAAACAUAAUUCAGGUUAUAUCAUUCCAUUUGACAACCCAACUAACCACAUUAUCAUCAAAGGUAGAGGUAACCUCGGCAAGUCCUUCUGUGGUGAUGAAGUGGUGGCCGAAGUAGUUCCUUGUGAGGGUAUUCCACAAGGAAAAGUGUUAGGCACCAUCAAGGCAGCUGAAUCCCGUCGUGUGUUUGCUUGUACCCUUGAAGUUGAAGAUGACCAGAAACCCAAAACGAAGUCUGAAUAUCAAUUCCUCCGAAAAAUAAUGGUACCCCUCAACACAAACACCACCAAAAUGUGUACCUUGGUCAGCAAGAAGAGUCACAAUUUUAUUCCAAUAUGGAAGCACGAUGAUGGAGAAUGGGAAAUUGUCAGAUAUCAACACCUUGAUGAAGAAAUCAAACGCAAUCAUGUAUUUAUGGUGGAAGUGUUUUGCUGGAAAACGAAAACAGAAAACAAAGGAAACUAUGCCUAUCCGUUAGGGAACGUGAUAGAUAUUCUUUCCAUAGGAUCAUCUUUGGAGGAGGGCUUAAGGAUUUUGGAUGCAGAAUUUAAAGUUCAACCGUUGCCUCCCAGCCAUGUUUUAGCUAAACCAUGUUCCUGGGAAGACACCCAAAAUGGUAACAGAAAGGACCUCCGAAAGUUGAUUACUUUCACUGUUGACCCAAAGAAAUCCCAAGACUUGGAUGAUGCUAUCAGUGUCAUUGACAUGGAAAGCCAUUAUGAGGUUGGAGUCCACAUAGCAGAUGUGGCAAGUUUCGUGAAUCUUGGCGAUUCAUUGGAUGCUGCUGCACAAAAACAUGGUGCAACAUUUUACAGCCCUAGAAAAGAACCAGUUUACAUGUUCCCAAAACCAGAUAGCAUCUACCACUUGAGUCUCCUGCCUGGUCGAGAUCGAAAGGUAGUUUCGUUAAUGGUAAAAGUGGACAAGGCAACACACAAAAUCACUGAAAAGAAAUUCCAGCUUUCGCAAAUCAAGUCCGAUAGAAAGUUGUGUUAUGAUGAGGCAGAGGACAUCCUCAGUAACCGGUCAGAAGAAGAGGCCAAGUUUGAUACUAUAGAAGACUGUGUUUCUGUGGCAUAUCGUUUUGCCAAAGUCCAAAGGAAGGCCAGGCUUGGCAAGGAUUGGAGCUAUAAACGAUUGGACGAUCACCAUAAGCCAGGGAAGAGGAGAUCCAGUCAGAUGAUUGAGGAGCUUAGUAUACUGUUCAACUAUUCUGUGUCUGAAUUUUUGAUCAAUGCAAAUGAAACCAAGAACUGCACUCCACUCCGAUGUCAAGUAAGACCUGACCCUGAAAUGUUAGAAGACUUGAAAGAGCAAUACAAAGACAUCAUACCACUGUCCUCACACCUGAGGCACAACCUUGACCAUGACAUUAAACUUGACCAGGAGGCCAUGGAGAGCAAAAGCUUCUACGUGCUAACAUCAAUAUGGAAUGAGAUCCUGUCAGCUGCCAAGAAAGAGGUAGUUGACACUGACACAAUGAUUGAUCUGAUUGGUACAGAUGACAUCUACCCCCAACUCCUUCCAGUGAUAUAUGAGUUUAGGAAGUGUCUUGACCAAGCCUACUUCAUCCGUUCCAAUUCAUCCCUUAAGGCAACAGUUGGGCACUAUUCCUUGCAACUUGAGUCCUAUACACAAGCAUCCUCGCCCAUACGCCGCUACAUGGAUAUUAUCCUGCAAAGGCUUUUGCAUUCGGUCCUAAGCGGCACUCCAGUCCAAUAUUCUCCACAAGACAUUGACAUUCUGUGUCAGAAGAUUGAAGACAGCUACAAGAAGGCCAAUGAGUAUGAAAAGAAGGCUGCGAUGAUAUCUUUUGCCAUCAACAUGAAGAAACAACAUUUUCUGAAGCUAGCAUUUGUUGUUGGUGUAGCAGUAGGAGACAGUUUCAAGCUGUCAUUUCCGUUCGACAGGCACUCUUUUCCAGAGUGUUUUCCUGUUAUGUACAGAGAUUUGCAACUGGAGGAUCAACCACUGUAUGAUUCAAAUGAGAACCAAAUGACUCUGACAUGGAGAAGACGAGUGUACUCAAUUGACACUGCCAAUAUUCACCAAGAGCUAAAAAAGGUGCAAAAUUCAGCUGCCUGCAUCAAGCUACCACAAAAGACUUGGCAAGCCAUUGUUAAUGCAAUGGACCAUGAAAAAUGGAACAAAGCAAGGUCUCUCAUACUAGAUGCCACAACAAAACAAACAGAAAAUGUAAAGAGUAUUUUAAAACAUGCCAAGAUGGAUUUGCUUGAAGCUGGGAAUGACUCCCAUAGAACUGCACAUGGACAAGCUGAAAAAAUUGAAAUGGAGCACUAUGUUGAUCUUACCCUAGAUUUGAAGCCAGGAGACACACUUCAAGUCCAAAUGACAUCUGAAAGAAAAAAAGGUUAUUGGACACCCACUGUUCAGUUGGUGUGCAUCAAACCAAUAUUUGAGGUGUGUGUAGACCAUGCCCACAGUCCUAUCAAAUGCUUCUCCAAAUGUGCAAACUAUCCAUCUAAGAGUGAAUAUAGCAACGCAAGAGAGUAUGUGAAGAUCUGGCAACCACUUUGUGAGAUGGAGUCUGCAGACAACGCUGUGGAUGAAAGUGACAGCAUAAUAAUUGAGGACCUGAAGCUGAACUUGAAGCAAGGGAACAGACUGAAAGGAAGUUUUGACCUUCCACUCAAAUACAUUAAAGAAUGGGCCAUUGAAUGCAACCUUAGCAAGUGCUUUCUGUGCAUCCGAAAAAGGGGAUUGAAACUGACUUCAAUCCCUGACCAAUCAGAGGAAGUAGUCGACCCUAAGAAUUACACAUGGGUAGCACAUGGUGUUACAACAAAGUUUGAAGAACCAAAAAACAACCAAAAUCAAGCCAGAAAAGUGCACUUCUACAUCAACCACUUGCCAAUGGAUACCAUUCCGGAGUGUGUCUACCAGAGAAAGACGACAUACACGGUUGAGAUAAUCCCAAAGCUUCUGACAGACAUACGUAAAGAAAUGGCUGUGAACAACAUUGUGUCUGCAAAUGAGCUUGUUCAGAAAAUAGCCCUAGGACAACACAUUCCAAAAGGAGCGUCGCAAUCUGUUGUACCACCACGGUACCAACUCAUAAGGGAAAAGGCACCAGAGGGUCUCCCAGAGCUGAAUAAAAGUCAAAUUGAUGCAGUGGAGAAAGCUCUGAAUAACAACUUCACAAUCAUACAAGGGCCACCUGGGACUGGAAAGACUGUUUUAGGAGUUUACAUUGUGUACUGGUUCCUUGUGCUGAACUCCAAAAACCCCAGGAUAUUUGAAAAUCCGAAGGACAAGGACAAGAAAGAAGUUAUUCUUUGCUGUGGUCCUUCCAAUAAGUCUGUCGAUGUGGUUGCUGAGUGCCUGGUGAAGUUUGGAGACAAGUUGAAGCCCCUCAGGGUGUACAGCCGACAACUGGAGAUGGCGGAGUACCCUUACCCAGGGAGUGUCCUUCAGCUCUCUCCCAGGUCACUUCGCCAUGAGCGGUCCAAGGCAGAACUCCGAGAUAUUACCUUGCAUCAUCGCAUACGGGAAGAACAAAAUCCACAUUCCACGGCAAUAAAAGAGUUUGACCACAGAAUAAAGCUAGCAAUAGACUCAAAGGGAGAGGAGUUGACAGAAGAAGAAGUUGAGGACUACAAAAGGCUUCUGAAUAAAGCUCGUGUGCAUGAGCUGCAGAGGCACGAUGUCAUUCUGUGCACCUGUACAGCAGCCUCUUCUCCUAACCUCACUAAAACAGUCAGUGCACGCCAAAUUCUUAUUGAUGAAUGUGCCAUGGCAACAGAACCUCAGGCCCUCAUCCCAUUGGUCAGCAACAAACCAGAAAAGAUUGUGUUGCUCGGUGACCAUAAACAACUACGUCCCAUCUUUAAGAAUGAACUUCUAAGGAAGUUGGGGAUGUCAAAGUCUCUGUUUGAGCGUUACUUUGAGUGCCGGUCCCAGACAGUGAUGCUGGAUACCCAGUACAGAAUGCAUGAAGAUAUAUGCAAGUUCCCAUCGGAGGAAUAUUAUGAAGGAAAACUGAAGACUGAAGUGAAUCACUCAAGCAGUGUCCUUCAGGCUGACAGCCAACAGACGCACAUUGUUUUCGGGAACGUCAUUGGAGAGGAGGUCAGCCUGGUUGUGAGCAUGGAAAAGGGUAGUGAAAACUCCAAAGCGAAUAGGGAGGAGAGAAAUGAAGUGAUCCGGCUCGCCAAAUCACUGGUAAAAGAAUCCAAAAUAAAACAACAGAAUAUUGCAAUUCUAUCACCCUACAACGCCCAGGUGUCUGAACUUAAGAAAGAACUUGGUGAACUCAAAAUGGACAAAAUCACUGUCACCACCAUCACAAAAAGUCAAGGAUGUGAAUGGCGCUACGUCAUUCUGUCCACUGUGCGCUCAUUACCCAGCAAGGAGAUCGAGAUCGAGCCGGACAGGGCCUGGAGGUCUAAACAUGUGGGCUUUGUUGGCGACCCCAACCAGAUAAAUGUGGGCAUCACCAGGGCCAAAGAGGGACUGUGCAUUAUCGGUAACCAAGAGUUGUUGAGCCGCAGUGGCGCUUGGAGACAGCUCCUCAAACAUUAUACAGCAAGGAACUUUGUCACAGAAGCUGACAAGAUCUCUGUGCAAAGCAUCCUGUAAGCUACAUUGAAAGACAUGGUCUCGGCACCGGAUCAGUGCACUAUGAAUAGUAAAAUUAGAAUUAGUUUUCAGAGACAAUGUAUUAUGUGCUUUUAAUUUCUAUAUUGCAAUGUUGAAUCAAAUUAGUUAUAAUCUGCACUCACUGCCAUUUUUAAGUGACCUUUAAAUUAUCUGUCAAUUGUAUUAGUGUAAAUUUUUUACUGCUAACUAUACUGUUUGUUAAUAUAUACACUGUAUACAUACAGUUGAAGUCAGAAGUUUACAUACACCUUAGCCAAAUACAUUUAAACUCAGCUUCUCACAAUUUCUGAAAUGUAAUCCUAGUAAAAAUUCCCUGUCUUAGGUUAGAUAGGAUCACCACUUUAUUUUAAGAAUGUGAAAUGUCAGAAUAACAUUACAGAUAAUUAUUUAUUUCAGUUUUUAUUUCUUUCAUCACAUUCCCAGUGGGUCAGA